AUGUUAGCAGGAAACGGUGCAAAUAAAAUAAUAACAUCCAAUAAGGAACAAACUUUACACAAUAAACCUAUUAUUUUAGAUUUUCAAAAGUACAAGGAAAAAGAAAAUCGCCGACCAGAAGUCACGUUUACUUCCUCAUCCUCUGGUGGAUCUGCACCAAAACGUUAUCAUACAGUUUACAGCGAAGGAACGCCGUUAACCUCGUUCGGGAUUAAUGGGGAUGUGAAUAAUCCACGAGCACAUUCGCCACCAAAUCAACAAACACCACAGCAGAAUCAGCGUCCAUUAAAACAAGUCAAAGAAUUUUUAGGUGUUGAACCUAAUCAGAGUGAUCGACGAUAUUUAUCAGCUCAGCGUGACAAUAGCAAUAGUGUACGAAUAAGUCAAAUAGACACUGUCAAAAAUGUGAAUGCAGCAUUAACGAAAACUCUAAACAAAUUACGUCCAGAUCAACCUCAAUCAAAUGGCCGAUCAACUCCAAUGUAUGGCUAUGAAACGGGCUUCAACCACAAUAGUCGAUCGAAAUCCAACUCACGUCCAAAUUCAAUUCAUAAUAAUAAUAAUUAUCCGACGGUUUAUUACGGUCUAGCUAGUCAUGGGGCAUCUGGCGAUGGAGGUGGACCAUUGCCAGCUGAACUAAUCACUAAACGAGCACCAACUCCUGCAGCAACCAUCAUCAAUGUACAAAACAACAAUAAUUCAAGAGUGCCAUCCGCACGUUCAGUGACAAACGCUGCUUCCACUACAUCAGCAGCACUUGUCACAUCGAAUCCAAUUACAACAGUAAAAUCACAGCCUCCUCGAGAGACAAAAUCUAUUGAUAUAGCAACAAUUAAUAGUGAUUAUAAUCACCUACCGCGAACGCCAACACCGACAACAACACGUAAAGUUCAAGCGAAAAGUGUUGGUACGGGUCUACAUCAAUUGGAUGUAUUUAAUUUUAAUUCAGUUCUAUUAGAUGACCAACCAUUUGAAAAUAAGGGUCAAAUGCAAGUAACUCGAAAGCAAAAUCACGCAACAAAACUACCAACAACAAAUGGCACAAAUACUAAAUUAUCGCUGCCCGAAGUCAGUGUCAAUCCACGUAUUAAAAGUACUGUACAGCAAACACAACAAUUACAUCGAUCAGCGAAUAAUUCGUCUGAUGAACAGUUACAAGCACGAGAACUGUACAUUAUACCUGGUUCAAGUGUUAAUAAUUCAGAAUCUCAAAAGCAUACGAUACAAGUUGAACAACAACGAUCAAGUUCAAAUGAACGCUCUUCACCUCCUUUAUCCCCAGUGACCAAUAAAAAUCCACGUGUACAAAUUGUUGAUGUUCAACAACAACAAUCACGAUCAAGACCGGAUUACGCUGCUAAUAAUCUGCCAAUGGCAAACAAUAAACUAAAUGACGCUUAUCACGAAAAAGAGUCCGAAGUACAAACACCAUCUACACAAUUUACCGUUGAAAAUGAAACGGAUUCAACAUCAACAUUGGUCGGCAUGAAACAAAACGAUAAAAACGGAGGAGAUGGUUCGACUCCUCCACCCUCACCGGCUACAAAAGAACUGAAUCGUGUUUGGAAAAAACAUCGGAAUAAAUAUUCGAUUAAAACCGUUACAUCGACAUUAAUAGCAAGAAAAAAUAUCAGAACACAUCGACCACCAUGCAGAUUAAAGAAUUAUGGUGAACAAACAGAUGAUUCAGAGUCAAUAACAGAUACACAAAGUAAAGAAGAAAUAGCACAACAAAAAGAUGGAAUGGCUCGACGCCAAGGCAAUCAUAUCAGUGAUUUGGGAAGUGAUGGAUGGAGUGACUUGACCAGUGAAUUUAGUGAUUCAAAAUUGCGAAAACAUCCGGAUAUUCGCACAUCGACACCUAAUAUAACAAGACAUAGUUCAAGUUUGAGCUCAAAAGAAGUCUUACAGAUACGAAAACAAUUAACAGAUUUACAACGAAUGUAUAAUGAUUUACUAAAACUGCUUGAUAUCGAUAUUGACUCGAUCAGAAGUAGUAUCAAAUCAAGCACAUCAUCUCAACAAGAUCAUCCCGGGCUGUUACCAAAAAAACAUCGAUUUCGUAAAGUGAUGCCAUCUAUUGCUUAUGCAAAUACGGAUAUGAGAGAAGUAGAUCAACGUUUUACUCGUCUUGAAUCAUCAAUCGUAACAUUAGCUGAAAGUAUCGCCAAAAUAUCGGCACAAAUUCAACUUCAACGUGUCGUGAAAGAUGAUAUUUAUCAUUUACGUAAUGAAGUAGCUGAUUUACGUCAACUAAUGCAUCGUCAACAAUCCACUGGCUCAUCAUCAACCGCACAAUUACGCCUAAUAAGUGCCAAUGUUCAUCGUUUAAAUACACCAUUAAAUCUUUCCACGUCUUACAUACAGUCAAUGAGCACCAUUCAACGUUCAAAUUCUAUCAUUGAUCCAAGACAAGCAAGAAAAAUUGAACAAUUCUUCGGCACGGAGGCAAUGCUACGGUAUUUUCUUAGUUUACUUGGUUAUGAGGAAUAUGCCGCUGUACUUGAACAAGAAAAAAUUGGUAUCUAUGAAUUACCUUAUAUUAGCGAAAGAAAAUUACACAGUCUCGGCAUACCGUCUGGUCCUGGAACAAGAAUCGUUUAUGAAGCUCAACAAUAUUUUAUAUCACUUUUAACACUAAAAUCAAGUGGAGUCGAUGUAUAA